AAAAAGAUAGAUUCUACGAAAAAAAGUAAGAAGUAAGAUUCAUAAAUCUUGCUUUAUAACAGAGAAACUAUAUUAUUGACAUGGCUUCGAAAAUCAUUACACGGUUAUUAAAACGUCGUGGUUUAGCAAACCUAUUGUACAGUAAUUCAGCUCCUAUUUCUAAUGAUGCAGUUUUCUUAAACACAUAUAGACAUAGAACAUUUGCCUUGUUAUGUCCAGCAUUACAGAGACAUUCGCUAUUUGGUGAAAAUGCAACGAGACAUUAUAGCAUAAAUACAGAGCAAAAAGGUAUUGACGAUUACAGAAACGAACAUAAUAUUACAGUGUAUGGGGAGGAUGUUCCUAGUCCUUUCAUUGACAUAGAAGCAAGUGAGUUUCCAGAGUACAUAAAAACCUUCCUUAGUAAACAGGGCUUUACUAAACCAACUAUUAUUCAGUCUCAAGCAUGGCCAGUGGCUUUGAGUGGUCAAAACUUUGUUGGAAUAGCCCAGACAGGCACAGGCAAAACACUUGCUUUUCUCCUACCUGCAGUUGUGCAUAUAAAAGAAAAGACAGCUAGGAAAGGUAGAGGUCCUAUAGCACUGGUGUUGGCACCUACCCGAGAGUUAGCUAAACAAAUUGAGGUUGUAGCUAAGGAUUUCCAGAAACUGCUUAAUAUUAGAUGUGUAUGUAUCUAUGGGGGUGCAAGUAGAUCAGUACAAGCUGAGCAGUUGGAAGCAGGUGUGGAUAUAGUCAUUGCUACUCCUGGCCGGCUUAAUGACUUUCUUGUAAGCCGCACCACAAACCUCAGUAGGUGUACUUACGUGGUACUAGAUGAGGCUGACCGGAUGCUUGAUAUGGGAUUUGAACCACAAAUAAGACAAGCUUUGGAAGGAGUUCCCCUUGAAAGGCAGAUUUUGAUGUUUUCUGCUACAUGGCCUAAAGAGGUACAACACUUAGCAAAGGAUUACUUAGGCGAGUUUGUACAAGUCAAUGUUGGAUCCACUGAGUUAUCUGCAAAUCACAAUAUUAAACAGAUAGUACAUGUUUGUGAUCAGGAUAGCAAAAUGGACAAGUUCAAGGAAAUAAUGCACCAGAUAUCAGGAGAAGGCAUAGGAAAAAUCCUAGUUUUCACUAAUACUAAGAGAUCAGUGGAUCACCUCACUUUACAAUUGAAAAGGAAUGGUUGGCCUGCAGUUGGCACCCACGGGGACAAAACUCAACUGCAAAGAGAUACUAUAAUCAGGAGGUUCAAAACUGGUAACACUAACAUUCUUGUGGCUACUGAUGUUGCUGCUAGAGGAUUAGAUGUGGACGGUAUCACACAUGUAAUCAACUAUGAUUUCCCGCAAACGUCGGAGGACUACAUCCACAGGAUCGGCAGGACCGGCCGCUACGACAAGAAAGGCGAGGCCCACACGCUGUUCACAGAGGAAGAUGCGCGCCUGGCUAAGAGCUUGAUUGCAGUUCUGAAGGAAGCCAAUCAGGAACCACCACAGGAAUUGGACGAAUUGGCUCACAGCUUCAGCCAGUCUAAAGUGAAGGAACAGGACAGAUACUCCCAAAGAAACUCAUACAGCCCAAAUAAGAGAUUUAAUAAAUUCCGCACCAACAACAACAACUACAGAUACAAUAACAACAGCAGCAGAUAUAAUGAUGACGAUGAUGAUGAUGAUUACAACAACUAUAGCAAAUCAAACAACAGAUAUAACUCUAACAACAGAUUCAACAACAGCAGACCUAAUAGAAGGCCUAGAUAUGAUGAUGAUGAUAGAUUCUAAGUUCACACUUGGUUAUAAAUUUAUUAGUGCAUUGCAAAUUUUAUUGUACCUGUAGAUCCUAGUAUUGAAUAAUAUACGACACUUCCAAAAGG